UUUUCUUGGGUUUAUCAGACUCCCUUCUGUGAUGUCGAAAUACACGGUUGCCAUUGGUAUUUCAUGAUAGCAUUCUCUUAAAUUAAAUUUCUACAUCAAUCCUUUUUUGGAAAUUUGAAAAAAUCCAGAAAAUCGGGGCUCCCGUAUACGAAAAAGUAUUUAAAAGAAUAGAACCAACGAAACAGUAUGCAUUGUCUAAGAACGAAAAGAAAAGAUAUUUCCAUCUCGAAAUAACAAAUAUGUCAACAAUUCUGCUUUGGUUAAAGAUAUUUAUUCUCACAAUUUUGUCAAGAAGCGAAUGUUUUGUAUACAGUAACAGUGGUAUAAUGUCAUGGGCAAGAGUGUGGAGAAAUAUGAAUACAGUCAGCAACGACAUCAACUUGAAGUCAAGCUGUCCGUGGACUAUUGUCAGAGGUACCCCGCAGUUAUUGCACAUUCCUGAAAAAGAAAGACAUUGGUGCAAGAACUGUUGCAUCGACUUAAAUCAAAGCAACGCUUCACAUCUUAUCAUCAAUCCAAGAGGCCAAUGUCGCCAGAUGAAAAUUGGUGUCCCAUGUACAAAUGAAAAGGUUGUUGUAGGAUACACCUGUGUAUACGAUGCCACUAUUCCAACUGACAAACGUAAUGCGGGCCAUGGACCAAUAGUAAAUGGUGACUCGAGACAUUUACAAACGGGAAAUAUAAAUGCUAUUUUUGAUCAAACUAAAACACUGUUUGAUAAUAGUAAAUGGGAUAGAAAAUCUAGUGUAAAGCCUCCAUCAUCACACACAACAAUAGGUAAUAUUGAGAGGCACCUUAAUCAAAAUCAAGUUCAAAAUAACAAAUACCCUGACAGUGUACAUCAGUAUAGAGUGCCUCCAUUUUCAGAUAAUGCUCAAUUCAGAAACCCUCCAUUUCUACAAAACAAUAAUGCUCAAUUCCGUCAUGGAUUUUCAAAUGCAUUAAAUUUUCAACUUAGACCGCAAGCUGUGAUACCAGUAUUUAUUCAUUCACAAAGAAAUCUGGAUUACGACGGUAAAAAUCCAGACGACAAAGUCGACAAAAACUAUGACACCAAGUCAGGAAGAAACCACGAGUUCAAGGAUAAUAAAGAUGCUCAAUAUCAGGCAGGUGAUGAAGAUAACUCAAUAAGUGAUAACCUGGACGGUAGAUGAAAUGAAACGCUGUGCAAUUCUGACUACAUGUUUAUGUUUGACGUAUCCAAACAUAUCUAUAAGACUAGCAAAUUAUUUUUAAUGUUUGUUCUACAGUGACCUGUAAAAUCAACACUAUUAACAGACUGGUAAUUCAAAAGGAAAAGACACUGACGUUAUUUUGGUGUAUUCACAGAAUUAACUUUAUAUACAUUAAACUAAAAGCUACAGGGAUACUAUUUAUUUUAGAAACAGUAUGUAGAAUACCAGUAACUCUAGCAAUAAAUUCCUAAAAAGAAAUCAUAGAAUAGGUGUGUACUCUUUGUUUGCAUGACUAUUUUGAUCCCUGAUGUAAAAAUGUAUUUCAUAUAGUUGGCAGUGAGAUGUUUGAUUUAUAUGUAGUUAUUAUGUAUUUAUAUCUUUUAUCUCUUAUAAAGUGUUUUAUUGCGUUACAUUGUAUCAUCUGUAUGUAUAACAUUUGUUUUACAAUUGUACCAACAGAGGAGCAGGUUUCUUCUUAAAUAAACAUUUAAUUUGCA